UUAAUUGAAUUAUUUCCUCAGAUAAAUGAUAAAAAUGUUGAUAUCAUUGGACAAUAUAAUGAACUAAAGGGAUUAUACAAAAAAUUUUGUUUUAAUUUAAAAAUUAAAAAUUUAGACAAAAGGGUUCUCAAUUUUUCAAAAUGGAACAAUUAAGAUCUAAAUUAGAAGAAGUUAUUAUUUAUUUAAAACCAUAUUUACCUAUUGCUAAUAGCCAUGUUGUUAAUUUUAUUACUCAUAAUUUUUGGGAAACUAUAAUUCCUAGUGAUAUACGGGAAGAAAUUGAUUUAAAAGGUACAGAAUUUGUGUUUUCAAAUUUUUGGUCGGAAAAUCAAAUUCCUGAUUCUCUUACACAUUUUGUUGAUUCUACAAAGAAAACUAACUUAAAUUCUUAUCCAAGUAGUUGUUAUAUGAAAUUAGAUGAUGCAUAUAAUGUACUUAAAUCUUGGGGUUAUAAGCCUAUGAAUAAAUCACUUAAUUUAAAAGAAUUUAUGGGUGCUAAGAAAAUGCAUGAAGUAGAAGUUAUGGCCAAAUUAGUGGCAGAUUUUUCUAAGUAUGCUGGUACGGACGUUAUAGUUGAUAUUGGAGGUGGAAAAGGAUAUUUAAGUUCCCUCUUAGCUUUAGCUUACAACUUCAAUGUGCUUGGUAUUGAUUCACAAUCAAUCAAUUCUGAAGGCGCUAGAAAUCGAACAAUCAAAUUUGAGAAAUAUUGGCAGUCCAUUAAAAAAAAAUCAAACAACUUUCCUGAAGAAAAACUAACGCCUCCAAUAAUAAAAGAAAAACUUGAUACCUAUGAAGAAUAUUAUGAAAAAUACAGCAGAAAAUCAGCUGUGCUGGGUAGUACCUAUAAACAAAUUACAGAAUAUGUUACUGAGAAUACCAAUAUUGCACAUUUAGCUCAAACUGAAUUUGAAGUAAAUAAUAAAGAAGAGUUUACUUUAAUUGGACUACAUACGUGUGGUUCUUUAGGUACUACAUGUUUAAAGUUAUUUACUGAACCUAAAAAUAAUUUAAAACUUUUGGUGAAUGUUGGUUGUUGUUAUCAUUUAAUUGAGGAAGAAUUCACCAAUGAUCCAUUUUGGGAUGAUAUUGAAAAUGAAUUAAAUAAAAAUGAAUCUUAUGGUUUUCCUGUAAGUAAUUGUCUAAGAGAAAAAAAAUUUCAACUUGGACGUGAUGCUAGAAUGUGUGCAUCUCAAUCACCAGAUAAAUUUUUUAAUUCUAAAGACAUAAUAAAUUCAACGAAACCGCUAUUCUACAGAGCCUUAUUACAAGUUUAUUUAGUACAAGAACUUGGAUAUGAGAAUAUUAGUAGACAUCAUGUUGGACGAUUAGCACAUAAAUGUUCGACUUUUAAUGAAUACGUGCAUAAAGCUGUGAAACGAUUACAAUUAAAUAUUGAGAUUGACAAUGGAAAAAUAAAUGCAUUUUAUGAUAAAUAUCUGAUUGAAUAUGAACGAUUAAAAGUAUUUUUUAUUUUAAAACAAGCAUUAGCUCAAGUUAUUGAAGGACUUAUAAUAAUGGAUAGAUUACUGUACCUCCAUGAGCAGGGAAUUAAUGAAGCUUUUGUUGCCAAACUUUUUGAUCCGUUAUUGUCUCCUAGAAAUCAUGCAAUUAUUGCAUUAAAAAAAAAUUAAACUUAAAUAAAAAUAAAGAUUAUAUUUUACAUCAAUGCUUAUUAUUUUAUAGGCAUAUUAGUAAUAGUUAAUAUAUUACCUAUUUAAUAAAUCCAAUAGACGAUUGGUGGUAGCAAAGGCCAAGGCUAGAAUAAUGUUUAGAAGAUUAUCAAUAUUUUUAUUGAUUAUUAUUUUUAUUUUUCAAUCAAUCAUGAUCAUAUGUAAUGUUUGUAUUUUUAAAUUAAAAUUAAAGUACCUUGUUAUAUUAUUUUAAUAUUGAUUAAUGGCACCACUAUGACUGUUUCAUGAGUAUUAGCUGAAAACAUAUCAUAAAUUCUCCUACUGGUUACAGGCACUGAUACAGAGGGAUGGGGGCUGAACUAUUUAAGUGGUACCUUGUUUUAAAUGUUCAUUAGCUAUAGAAGUUGAACAUUUUAUAUAUUUUUUACUAUAAAAUCUUUCCUCUAUGGUAUUAUGGUAUUCAAAUUUGGGGCAGCGCCGCCCCAAGUAACAUUCAAAAAAUACAAUCAUUCCAAUUCAUCUGCCUUCGCACUAUUACAAAAUCCCCCUGGUAUGUAAGUAACAAAACCCUUCACUCUGACCUGAGAAUAAAUUACGUAAACCAAGUCACUAAAACUGCUUACCAAAAACUCCACAAAAAAUUUAGCUCCCAUAGUAACCCCAACAUUAGUUAUCUUGCUUCUCAAAACAUCCCUGACAACCCCCCACGAAGACUCAAACGAAAAUGGGUUAGAGACCUCCUCCAUUAAUUAAUAAAAUACCUAAGUAGGUAGCUCCAUUGGGAGCCCUCCUACAUCGUGCCAUUUUUCAUGUUAUGUAAUUCUCUUCAUCAUUAUUACUUGUUGUGCUUAAUUGUAUAGUUGUAUAUUUUCUUAUUAAAUAAAAAAAGAAAAAAAAACUAAAAUCAAUUUUAAAUUUGAUAAAUGUUGUCAAAAUUUGAAUGUUAAAUCCUUAGGUAUAAGAAAAAUGUGUAUCUAUGUAUUUUUAAUAUUUUGCAACUGAUAUUAUAACAACACAUCACAAGCUUUGUAUUAAAUUUUCAUACACUUUUUGACCCAACAAAUAAAAUUUUAUUGACAUUUAUAGAAAAAAAUUUAAAAAAGCGGGUAAGUUGAUGUCGCUCUGCUAUUCAGUGGUUACAAGUGGGCCAAUGUAUAAUGGAUUGUAUUAAAGUUGAAUUCAAUGAUAUAAUAUCAUUGUAUAGGAAAAACGAUUCUGAGAGGAGACGGUUUGUCAGUCUGGAUAUUUUAUAUUGUUAUUAUUUUUUAUAGACGAAAUUUAUUAUUUAAGUCUAAUUAAUAUAAUAAUAUUAUUAAUUUUUAUUUGAUUCUAUUGUGAUAAACAGUGUUUCAAUUUCUUUAGCGCCUCCCCCCUCCCUUACAUAUAUUUAAUAUUGUAUAUUCAACGUUUGCAAUAAAAAUAAUAGUGUGUUUUCUGUUUUAAUAUAAUAAUAAUAUGUAUACUCGUAUUAUGUAAUAUUGUAAUAUUUAUUGAUUUUAUUUUUUCAUUGCUUUAUUUUAUUAUUUGAGCUUUUUAAUUUUUGUAUUGAUUUAAAUUUUAAUUCUUACGCGAUCCUAAAUAAUAAGUUGGCGACCCCGAGGUUAAGAAACACUGGUAUAUAGGAUAGAAAAAAAAACACCAUUGUAAAACCACUAGCUUCCUUGUUCUAAAAUUGAAAAUUACAAAUGUAAACAGCUAAAAAUAAAUCAAAAUUUUGUUGAAGUUUGGGAAUUGAUAAUAUAAAUAUAAAUUUCAAGUA